AUGUCUGUUUGCUUCAUCGUCCACAGCGAAGUUGCCAUCUUUGUCAUCCACGUCAAAAGAGCGUCUAUUCUCAGGGAGUUGACAAGCUGGGGCAUGGUAGACAGUUUCGACCAUAUGGAGCUUGGUCCAGCCCAAAUAAACGGCAACUAG